UGAUGACGAUGAUGAUGAUGUUGAUGAUGAUGAUGAUGAAGUUCCUAAUGACAACGACGAUGAUGAUGAGGAUGUAGAAGAAGAAGAUGACGAUGCCGAUGCUGAUGUAGAUGAAGACGAUGACGAUGAUGAUGACGAAGACAGAGAUGAUGAUGACGAUGAUGACGCUGCAGCUGACGAUGAAGAGGAAGAACCCGAAGAUGAAAACGUAGAGCAUGGUCGACAUCAACAAUCUGAUGCAUAUACAACCAAAGCACCACCAUCAGAUUCUAUACCAACUACCACCAAGGAAUCGUCUGAUAUAUCUACUAUUGAAUCUCAAAAUGUUGAAUCUAGAUCAAGUCGAAAAUCCAACCCGUCUACAGCUGGCAAUAGGGACGACAAUCAGCAAGAACAACAACAACAACAACAGAAUGGACACAAUAAUCAAGGUGACACCAAAAAAAUACAAGAUGAAGAUGAAGGAAACCGGAGUAUGGACAUAGACAAAGAAAGUGAAGGACAGUCAGCACAAAUCGGAAGGAAAACAAAAGCAAUAGGGACUGCAGAACCAACUAUGGGAAGCUCUUCAUCAUCCACUGCGACAGCAUCAGAAAUAACAAUCAAGAAUGGAUCUUUGGAAAAUGAACCCCCAAAUGCCGAAUUACUGAAUGAAGAAUCACUCAACGUCAAUGGCUUACCGCAUGAUAAGGAUGGACCUCUGAAUGAUGAUGGAUCAAUCAAAUCUUUGGAAGAAUUCACUUUAUUGGAACGAAAGGAGAAUCCUGCAAUGAUUGAAGAACGAAAUGGUGAUAUUGAAGUCAAAGUAGUGCUGAAUGAUGGUGCUCCAGAAAGUAUGAUCUACCUGACUGGCUUGAAGAAUAUCUUUCAAAAACAAUUACCCAUGAUGCCAAAGGAAUAUAUUGCUCGUCUUGUUUACGAUAGAAAUCAUCGUAGUAUUGCUUUGAUUCGACGUCCUAUGAAGGUGAUUGGUGGUAUUUGUUAUCGACCAUUCGAUGCCCAAGAAUUUGCUGAAAUUGUGUUUUGUGCUAUUGCUUCCACAGAACAAGUCAAGGGCUAUGGAUCUCAUCUUAUGAAUCAUUUGAAGGAUUAUGUGACUACUCAUACACCAAUGAAACAUUUCUUGACUUAUGCAGAUAACUAUGCUACUGGAUACUUCAAAAAACAGGGAUUCACUACUGACAUUACAUUGGAUCGCCGAAAUUGGGUUGGAUACAUCAAGGAUUAUGAAGGUGGUACUAUCAUGCAGUGCACGGUGGUUCCUAAGGUGAAAUAUUUACAAGCACAAAGUAUUCUGGCAAUACAACGACAGGCCGUAUAUGAAAAAACCAAACAAUUUUCUACUUCCCAUAUUGUAUUUCCUGGUUUAGAAAUGCCAGUGGGUGAAGAUGGAAAACGAAGUAUUGAUCCAUUAUCGGUACCUGGUGUUCGGGAGUCUGGUUGGACACCUGAAAUGGAUCAAUUAUCUAAUCGACCAAGACAUCCUCCUCAUUAUAAUCAAAUGCGACAUUUGGUUUCAGAACUUCAAUCACAUGCAAGUUCAUGGCCUUUUAGUGAACCAGUCAAUGCAGAUGAAGUAGUGGAUUAUUAUGAUGUUAUCACGGAACCUAUGGAUUUGACAACAUUAGAACAAAAUGUGGAAGGGGAUAUGUAUUCAACCAUGGAAGAAUUUGUAACAGAUGUACAAAAGAUUUUUGAUAACUGUAGAACAUACAAUGCAGAAGGAACCAACUAUGCUAGAUGUGCUACCAAACUAGAACGAUAUUUCAAGGAACGAUUACAAGUAUGGUCUGGCAACUCUAACUAGUCAUUUAUAUUCCCUCUCUCUCUUUCAUUUUAGUAUAUAAUAUUUCUUUUUUAUUAUUAUUAUUAAUUUUAUUACCCUCAUCUCUUUUUUUUUUUCAUUACAUGUAAAUAAAGUAUUCAUUUUAUGCCAAAG